GCGGUGAGAAACGAAGCGGCGGUUGAAGGAGGCAUCGGACAUGACGGAGAACCACAGCUGGCAGACGGGUUUGCAGCGGAAGGCGGAUCUAGCGUCGGGGAGGCGAAUCAGAAUCUCUACGAGGAGAUCGUCCCCGAGCUUUCGGAUCAGAGGAUUUGCCUCUAAAUCGAUUCGUUCCCGUUUUCUGGAACCGCCGAGGAGUUGUUCGCUGCUCUCGGUCGCCAUGGCAUCGACAGGACGGAUUGAAGGGAUAUAUAGCGCACGCCGGGAUGGAGGAGAAAGGAUUCGGCGGUGGGAGGCGGAGAUUGGAAUUGCAGCGGCGAAGAGGGCCGACUUUAUUGAAUUGGCCCAACCCAUUUUCUUCCUUCGAGCAGAUCGAGCUGGGCUGGUUUGAUUGCUUGCGUAGGAAGGCAGAAGCUUGGGUGUGAAGUAAUCGAGUUUUGUUACCUUUGUUGGUUUGGAUUCUGUUUCCUUGUUGAGUUAGAGUUAGG